CCAGAAAUGUAUACAUUGAUGUAAAACGCAAAACAUGAGAUCCGGUAACGUUGCCAGAGUUACGUCUGGCCCGUCUGCGCAAAGAGACCAGUUGCACGUGCAUUUACGUAGUUUUUCAGAGUUUUGGUGUUUUGAGUGGAUAGUCAGUGGUGAUGUAAGCAAAAUUUUUCGACAUCAUGAUAAGUCGUGGAAAAAACUUAGUAUAUUUGGCCAGAAGUGGAAAAUCUAAUGUACCAUUAAACGAAGUGAAACUAGAUGAAUCCGACGAACACUCGGACGAAUAUAAUUAUGAUUAUUUAGAAGACCAAUAUGCAGAAGACCCGUGGUCACAUUUUAAAAAGUGGCAAGCAGCAAAGAAAAUAAAAAUACCAUUGGCUCAAAGAUUGAAUAACUCAUACUGUAAUCAAAAGGACAACCAUAUGGAAAAUGAUAAUCAAAAUUUUGAAGAACGUGUGCUUGAAGAAUUAAGACCACUUGAAACUAGCCCACAACUCUCAACGUUAGACCACAAUCUUCAGGGAAAUGUUCAAACCGGAUCUGAGAAUAGUGUUAAUAGCGUUUUAAAUGAUAUUCAAAAUCAUGAAGACCCUGUUAACCAAUUAACGCCUCUAACUACUACAGAAGCGGUGCAUACAUGUAACGAUCAACUUCUGAAUUCCGCCGAAAAGGAAGAUCAUAAUAGUGAUGACGAAAAUUCGCAUUUGUCGGAGAGUUCCCUAUUUGCAGAUUCAUCAGUUUCUUGGAAGCCCAAUCAAGAGAAUGAUGUCACUUCAGAAGAUAAUUAUUCCAAGAUAAGCGAGUCUAUCCCCCGAAAAUCACCUAUAUAUUUUCAGACCGCUUCAAAGGAACGUCAGUCAUCAAAUCCUGUCAAGUGUAUUGAAAGUUCUCUUGACGCGAAAAAUCCACUCCCAACGAGUCCAAAACCAUUACCUACAUCAGACUGUGAUUUAUCGACCUCGCCCUUCAGAGCCCUCGACACUGCGAGUCUCGGCUUCUAA